AAUUGCACGUGGCGGUUCUCGCGAGUCACCUCGAUCGCGAGUGAAUUUUAAUCACGUUGUGCGUCGCUGAACUUUACCCACGUGCAGCUGCGAUUGUAAGUUUGGCGGUUAAAUAGGCGGGCGUGUUUUUGCUGGUGGUGCAGCGAUGAAGGGGAAGAGACGGCGGUGCUGCCCCGGCCCGUUGAAGCAGUUUCAAAAAGCGAUCGAACGGUUCGUGGGAACGGUGGAGGCCGAACCAGAAGAAGCUGGGGCUCGGCACCACGGAUACGGCCUCGGCCCGAGCAGGCCGAAAAGUCGGAAAGAGAUGAGGAAGGAGCAGCGGGUGCUGAAGAAGCGCAGGAUGAGAGACUAUUAUCAGAGGAAAUACCUGAAAACGAGCCCCGAAGAGGCUCCGGACAACAGCCUGAAAACACUGGCUCCGAAAGAGAAAAGGUGUGAGGGAGACGGUGAAAGAGGACCCAAGUCUUGCCAGGAGACGAAAAAGGAAAAGAAGGCGACGCCAGCCUCUUCCAAGUCCAUUAAAGGAAAGUCCUCAGCCAAAGUCCGGAGACUCGGCUUACUGGAGGCCAACCAGGAGGAAGAGAAGGAGAUCAAGCGGUUAGAAAAGGCUUUGGGAUUGAACAAGCGUAAAAAUAAAGCUACCAUCCCGCAGGCCUUCGCCCGGGAUGGCCUGGAUUACAUCCUAGGGAUUGUAGAACCUGGCGCCGCUACCAUGUCAGGCUUGUAUGACGAGAGUGACGAUGAGAUGGGCGCAUUGCGGGAGGAGUUUAUGACUGAGGAAGCUGACAAUGACCUGGAUCAAUCUGAAGAUGAACAGAUGUCAGAAGAGGGUUCAUGCCCGUCCGACGCGGAUGAUUUGCGAGAAGAAGCUAAUUUGAUGGCAGUGACAGCAUCUCUCGACCAGGAUUCUGAUCCAUCUAGUGAUGACAGUGACGAAAGUUCCCUGCCAAGUCAAUCAACACCUGAAAAUGAACAGGAUGAAAAAUCAAAUGAUGGCACUGUAUCGGAAAAAUAUAUACCUCCACAGUUACGUGAGCUGUCUGAAACUGUGACUGAGAAAAAGAAAGAAGAACUUGCAAGACUGAGGAAGAGUGUAAAAGGACUUCUGAAUAGACUGAGUGAACCAAAUAUGGCCUCUAUUAGUGGCCAGCUUGAAGAAUUUUACAUGACAAAUAGUCGUAAAGACAUGAAUGAGACCCUAACCGAUGUACUGUUAAUUGCUUGUGUCACACCAGCCUUGAUGCCGAACAGACUGAUGAUGGAGCAUGUUCUGCUGGUUAGCAUUCUUCAUCACAAUGUUGGAAUUGAGGUUGGAGCACAUGUUUUGGAGGCAGUGGUAAAGAAAUUUGAAGAACAUUCUAAAAGUGUUGGUGAAGGAAAGGAAUCUGAUAAUCUAAUCAAUUUGAUUGCACACUUUUACAACUUCCACGUAAUACACUCCAUGUUAGUGUUUGAUAUUCUGAGAAAACUUAUAGACGGCUUUAAAGAAAAAGACAUUGAACUAACACUUUUCUUAUUGAAGCACGUGGGAUUUGCUCUUCGGAAAGAUGAUGCUAUAGCAUUGAAAGAAUUUAUCUUAGAAGCUCAAAGAAAAGUUAAUACUGAUGGGAAACAGUUUCAUGACCAGACCAGGAUUCGCUUUAUGCUGGAAAUCUUGUUGGCAUUGAAGAAUAAUGAUAUGAGAAAAAUUCCAGGUUAUGAUCCUGAACCAGUGGAAAGAUUUCGAAAACUGCAGAGGAGCCUGAUCCAUAACAAUCGUGGUGACUUCCAACUUCGUGUAACAUUAGAAAACCUGCUUUCUGCGGACCAGGUUGGACGAUGGUGGAUUGUUGGAUCUUCAUGGAGCGGUGCCCCUAUGAUUGACUCUGCGGGUAUUAAACCACAACAAGACAUAGUUGUUGGUGAGUUAAGUGGGAAAAUUUUGGAGUUGGCACGCAAACAGAGGAUGAAUACAGAUAUACGCAAGAACAUCUUCUGUGUCCUGAUGACCAGUGAGGAUUACUUGGAUGCUUUUGAAAAACUUCUAAGGCUUGGGCUGAAAGAUCAGCAGGAAAGGGAGAUUAUUCAUGUCCUUGUUCAUUGUUGCCUGCAAGAAAAGACUUUUAAUCCUUUUUAUGCUUUUUUGGUGGAAAAAUUCUGUGAAUAUGAGAGGAGAUUUCAGAUGACGUUCCAAUUCAGCUUGUGGGAUCGUUUCCGGGAAUUGAAGGGCAUGACCAGUCUGGCAACCACAAAUUUGGUUCAUCUUCUUGUUCACCUUCUCAGUAAGAAAGUGCUGUCUCUAGCCAUCUUUAAGGUGAUUGAGUUCAGUGAGCUGGAUAAACCUCGAGUCAAGUUCUUGAGACAGGUUCUCCAUAAGCUACUAAUGGAUACAGAACCAGAAGAAUUAGUAGCAAUCUUCCAAAGGAUCUCUGGAAUUCCAAAUCUGGCAAUGUUACGAGAAGGUCUGAAACUCUUCAUUUCCCAUUUCUUAUUAAAGAAUGCCUCCAGCCUGGGCACUUCAGAACAAGCUAAUUUGCUCAAGGAACGUGUGGACAUUGCUGAAAAGGCUUUACAAACAAAAGACACCAGACUAAAAUGUUAACAAUAAAGAAACAUCAUGAAAGAUUUUAUCCCAAUGUGAAGCAGAAAGUUUUUUGUAUAUAGAUUUGUUCAUAGGAUGUGAAUGUCUGAAAAUGCAGGCAUUUAUACUCAUUUCCUAUUGGAUCAUAUGCACAACAGUUAAAAGUUAACCAUAUUGAGGUAUCUCCAAUCAAAGGUGAAAAUGGCAGAUUCCAGUUCCUGAAAAGCAUCAGUAAAACACUGGGCUUUUAUGACAGUCUUCCAUUUACUUGAGCACUAACAAUGAAUCUGCCUGCUAUUCCAAUUAUUUUUAAACUAUUUGAAACCAACUUGAAAUACUGGAACUUACAUCAAAAUCUAUGGAUGCCAACCUCAUUAUGUCCAUUUGUAGGACUUGUGCCAUAAGGAAUAGAGCAUAUACUUUUGCAAGUUUCAGCAUUUACAAAAUCAGUCACAGAUCGGUGUAUGCUUUAUCCAUCAAAUAUAUAUAAACACUUGUGCCUUCACCAUGUUGUUCACUAGAUAAUGAAUACCAGUUCCAGUUUCCUAUUUAUAACAAAUUGUAUAUUUACCAGAGCUUUCUGAACAAAUAAUAUACAGGUGGCCCCUGUUUUCCGAACGUUCGCUUUACGACACUUCACUGUGACAAAAGACCUACAUUAGUUACCUGUUUUCACUAACAGAAGGUGUUGUCACUGUUACGAAAAAAGGCAGCAAGCGCCCGAACAGCCAAGCUCCUCCCCCGGAACUGCAUUCUAGCCGGCAUUGCUUAAACACGUGCUUUAUCUCAAUUUAUUUUGUGCAUCCGUUAGCAAGAUGAGUUCUAAGGUAUCGGAAAAGCCUAAAAGAGCUUGUAAGGGUGUUACACUUAGCGUAAAACUAGACAUAAUUAAGCGUUUUGAUCCUGGUGAACGAAGUAAGGACAUUGUCCGCGCGUUGAACUUGUUUGCGUCCACCAUUCGCACUCUUUAUACUCAGAGAGAAAGAAUUUUGAAAGCUGCCGAUGUUACUGUUGGUUCUGCUUGUAGCAAAGUGGUCUCUCUUAGUCAGCAUCCAAUAAUGGAUAAAAUGGAAAGUCUAUUGCUUGAGUGGAUUGAUGCGUGUACAAAGCAUGGUGUUCCGAUAAGUUUUCUUAUACUUAAGGAUAAAUCAGUCAGUCUUUUUAAUAAGCCGAAACAGAAAGCACUGGGCGAUGGUGAUGAAAGUGGAAUUUAAAGAUAGUCAUGGGUGGUUUGAUCGGUUUCUGAGGCGAGGACGGCUUCAUAGUUUAAGCAGUGGUCCCCAACCUCUGGGCCGCCAACCGAUACAUUACCGCGAAGCAUGCAGUGGUGCAGCGGUAAUCAGAACACACCCAGCACAUCUUUAAGAGAAAAGCCAAAAUAAACAAGCUAAUUAAUUAGGUGCCGCCCAGCACGUAAGUGUGGGCCCAGAUCAGAGGUGAUUGCCGAUUGCGUCAGGUGGUUAUUCAUAUAAGCAAGUGUUUAACUGUGAUGAAACUGCAAUUUAUUGGAGCCUUCCCGAUUCCGGUAAGUGAAACUACACUGUACAUACAUUAUUUCUACUUUAUAUAGGCUGUGUAUUUUUAUGUGUUAUUUGGUAUGAUUUGGCAGCUUCAUAGCUUAAAGGUUACUGGAGAGACUGUUUCUGCUGAGAGUGCUUCCGAGAGAUUUUCGCUGUGCUAGACAGUGCUGCAGAAAAGUAUUUCUACUUUAUAUAGGCUGUAUAUUUAUCAUAUCAUUCCUGCUUUUACUAUAUGUUACUGUUAUUUUAUGUUUUAUGUGUUAAUUGGCAUGAUUUUGUAAGUUAUUUUUGGGGUCUGGGAACGCUCAAAAAUUUUUCCCAUAUUAAUAAAUGGUAAUUGCUUUUUCACUUUACGACAUUCUGGCUUACAAACCAUUUCAUAGGAACGCUCUACCUUCGGAUGGCGGGGGAAACCUGUAUAUGUAAAAAUUGUCAUACUUCCAAUCAGUUUCUCUACAAUUAUACUUUAAUAGCUUCUAAUUUCAUAACUGUAAAUAAAGUUUUUCUUAGGAUAUUGCAUUACAACUGUUUUGUCAUUAAAAU